AUGGAGCCACCUGCCGUGUCGCAGCUGUUCAGACAGCUUUUCCAACAUCGCCCUUGCCAUUCUUGUCUGGGACAGCAACUCCGGCAAGCGCCCCGUCGACUGUACAGCUCCCAGAAACAAUACGCCAGUCCAAACUACCAAGGUCGCAAAAAAGAGGACGACAAGCUGGAGAGCAACUGGCAACAGCGCAAUCUCUCUUUCCCUCCGGACAAGCUUGACGAAUACAAGCGAUACCCAGAAGUCACCUCAGAUGGCUUACGCGCGAGGAAGGAGCGACCACGACGAGUCCGCAUGCUGAUGCGCGACUUCAUCGAAGACAGCCUGUACAAUCCUCAAUACGGCUACUUCUCAAAACACGUCGUCAUCUGGACUCCUGGCGAACCCUUUGACUUCAAUCAGCUACCAGACGAGCAAUCUUUCUACCGUGAAUACGGUCAACGCUACAACGACUUUGAGGAUCAGCUGGACGCAAAAGAAUACAACGAGACUCGUCAACUAUGGCAUACCCCUACUGAGCUGUUCCGCCCAUACUACGGUGAAGCAAUUGCCCGCCAUCUAGUCGCAAACUAUAAACUUCAACUAUAUCCUUACCAUGACCUCCUCAUCUAUGAGAUGGGAGCCGGAAACGGAACUCUCAUGAUGAACAUCCUUGACUACAUACGCCAAACCGACCCUGAAGUCUACGCCCGCACUCGCUUCCGGGUCAUCGAAGUCUCUUCUGCCCUCGCCUCCAUCCAAGGAAAUCAAUUGAUGAGAAACGCUCAAGCAAAAGGUCACGCCGACAAGGUCUCCAUUAUCAACAAAUCAAUCUUCGAUUGGGACAUCUACGAGGCUUCUCCUUGCUUUUUCCUGGCUAUGGAGGUCUUUGACAACUUUGCACAUGAUGUGAUACGCUAUGAUCCCGCCACCGAGGAACCGCUCCAAGGCUCUGCAUUGGUCGACGCAAAUGGCGAUUUCUACGAGUUCUACACAAAGGACGUGGAUCCUGUAGCUGCUCGCUUCCUGCGCGUCAGAGAUGCGGCUUGCAAUAACCUCAACUAUGCGCAUCCCCUGAGAGGUUCUCCAGCCAUGUUGAGGAAAUUGAGGAGUCGAUUGCCUUUUGCUCCUAACCUCAGUGUGCCUGAAUAUAUCCCCACGAGGCUGAUGCACUUUUUCGACAUUUUGCACAAGUACUUCCCAGCGCAUAAGCUGGUAACUUCGGACUUCCACGCUUUGCCGGAUACAGUUCAAGGUGUCAAUGCCCCUGUGGUGCAGACACGCUAUCAACGUCGUAUGGUUCCUGUAACCACCCCGCUUGUCCACCAAGGCUUCUUCGACAUUCUCUUCCCCACUGACUUCGCUGUGACAGAGGCCAUCUAUCGUGCCAUUACAGGAAAGCUCACACGUGUGAUGAAGCAUGAGGACUUCUUCAAGCGAUGGGCAUAUGUGGAGGACACCCAGACGAGAAAUGGCGAGAACCCGUUGUUGAGUUGGUACAAGAACGCUUCGGUCAUGAUUACUGUAUAG